GAUAGAGUAGGAGAUCUGAGCAAUAGAAGGAAUACAAGAGAUGGAUCCCCUUCCUGUGUAAAAAGAUCCUCUUAAAUACACCCUCUCCGUACGUUUCAAUUUCUUUUUUUCUUUGUGUCUAUAAUCUUCCAAACUCACAAGUAAAAGAGGAAAAAAAAGAAUGGAUCCCCUUUUUAGACAUCUUGUCAGCGCAGCUGCAAUUAUCUAUUUCUUUGUAGUCUGCAUGUUAUGUCUCGCGUCCGCAUCUCCCGUCUCGGGCAUGGGCCUUCCUCUUCCUCCUCCUUCUUCAAGGCUCAGAUCCAGAUCCAGAUCCAGACCUAUACCCAAUAUCUAUCCACCCGAUACUGUCAUCUCUCCCCAUUCCUGGGCAGUAACACAAUCGAAUGUCAUUGCCAACACAGACAUCGCACCUGAAGUCAAUGUCGCUCCUACAGUCUCGAUCCCUUACUCCGUCCCAUACAAUGUUCCAGUUCCCGUGGCAUCUCUUUAUCCUUACUUAGUUCCUGUAGCAUACCCUUUCAAAAAGUGCUAGAAGAAAACGAAGAAGAAGAAGAAGAAGAAGAAGAAGAAGAAAAAAAAAAAAGUCGUAUUUCACAGCCAAGGAAGUUUUUCCCUUUUACUGUCC